AUGCAGCUGGUCCGGGCGUUGGGGGGCCUUAGGCAUCUGCCACCAAAGCUCCAACUACUAGAAGUGAGGUGGCGGCAGAGCAAUGCUGCUGCCCCGGGCCUCUCCAUUCGGAGAGGGGAAGCCGGGGGAGACGCCCCCUCCUCGUCGCGGUUGGAAUCGUCCGACUCCGAGCUCACAAGGAGAGAGGGCAUCGUCGAGCGGAACAGUAAAGUUGUCAGCCCAUUCAGCAAUGGCGGCGGCAGUGUCGGCUUUGCGCUGUCCGUCAUCCGACGGCAGCGCCGCACAAUGCCGACACAGACAGAGCGGCAAGACCGCCAAGACGGCAUGUUCAUGCCCAAGGCAGCCCUCGCACACCUCAUGGCCGCCAUACGGCAAGAUAGCGUAUUUCUUAUCCACCAUUUGUUGAGCUUUCACAACUGGAUACAUUGCUUUUUACAGCUCAAAAAAAAAAAGUGGGCCCUCCCUCAAAACUUUCUGCAUGGCCUGACAAAUCUGUCAGUACUAGAUAUCCGAGGUAACGAACUUGCAUCCCUGCACCCACACACCUUCAACUAUACUCCUAAUUUGAAUGAGCUAAUUCUGUCUCAAAAUGAUAUCACAGACAUUCCGGACAAUUUGUUUUCCCCGAUUCAAAAACUAAAAAGUCUUUGGAUUUCACAGACAAACCUGAGGUCUCUAGAUUUUCUGCUCCAUGCUAACCUCACAGAGCUGGAGUUCUUGCAGGUGAGAAAGAAUGCCUUUUCUGUGAUUAGAGAGCCAGUGAUGCUGUCCCUAACAGCACUUAAUAUCCUGGAUAUGAAGGGUAAUAGCUUCACCUGUAAUUGUGACAAUGCGUGGUUCCUCCAAUGGGUAAUCAGCAACAAGCAAACACAAGUGGUUGAUGCGUACAACUUUGAAUGCAACUACCCUCCAAACCUUAAAGGAAGAAAACUGUUGGAGAUUGGCCUCAGUUCUUGUACAGUAGACAUGGGCUUCAUCUUUUAUAUUUCCACGGCAUGCACGGUCAUCAUGACCAUAGCAGUCUCCUUCACCCACCAUUUCCUGCAAUGGCAUCUGGUCUAUGCGUACUACCUCAUGCUGGCUAUCCUCUACAACUCAAAGAACAAGGACAAACGUGCUCAUCAAUACGACGCCUUCGUCUCCUACAAUGCAAACGACGAGGGCUGGGUUCUUGGGGAGCUGCUGCCCAAGCUGGAGGACGAGCAGGGCUGGAGACUUUGUCUGCACCACCGAGACUUCCAGCCAGGUAAACCCAUCAUGGAAAACAUAACAGAUGCCAUCUAUGGCAGCCGGAAGACUAUCUGUGUGGUCAGUCGUGAUUACCUGGAGAGUGAAUGGUGCUCCAGGGAGAUCCAGGUUGCCAGCUUCCGGCUGUUUGACGAGCAGAAGGACGUGCUGAUCCUGGUGUUCCUGGAAGAAAUUCCAAUGCAGCAGCUGUCUCCAUACUACCGCAUGAGGUGGCUCCUCAAGAGGCAAACGUACCUGAGCUGGUCCCACGCAUUAGCACACCCAAACCUGUUCUGGGAGAAGCUCCGGCAGGCCCUGGAGACCCGAGAGCACCCAAUGGGUGAGCAUAUACGGCUCACUGUGGAGGACGGACCCCCUGGAGAGAGACCAGGGCCCCGUAUCCCGAUAGCAUCAUUAGCCUAAGUGGAUCCUGAAGUGCGUUGUACGAGCAUCGUACAGUUUUCACACCGUUGCCCGAAAGCAUCAUUGGUUACGAACGUCGUGAAAACGCUCGUAGCUAACGAAAACUCCAGGAGUACUCGUAGGAAGCUAAGAGCAUCGUUAGCCUACUAUAGCCUUAGUGGCGUCACCAGCGGAAAUUCAGUGUAUUGUGUUUUAUUAAACACAUCCAAUACCACGGAAUGCCCAGCUGGCACAAAUUCGCAACCAAAAACAGUGGUUACCGCCGAUAUUUUACUCAUAGACUACUGUUAGAUUUAAACAGCAAAGAUAGAGACAUGUUAGCAGUCAACAACAACAUAAUUUAUUGCAGCAAUUUAAAAUUCCAAAAAUACAUGCGCAGCUGAAAUGUACCGAUCAAUUGCCACGCCACAAGGCAUAUAAUAAAAUCGAAUGAUUCCAUUGGUCUUGUGUGGGAGGUCGCUUUCGAGCUGCCCUUGCUGUCUCCCUCUGAUUUUAAUUCAACCAUCAUGUGUGGGGUAGGUCGAAAGGUUGCUAUUUCGAUCCCCAGCUCCUCCUAGCUGAGUGUUGUUGUGUCCCUGAGCAAGACACUUACGCACAGUGCAUGAAGGAUUAGGACCGAUACAUAUGUCGGCCUAGGCCUAAUCAAUUGUGUUUUAAUAUCUUUAGCAUUCAAAUUAUUGCAGUCUAUUCUUUUCGUAGGCUACUCUGCGGUUGGCCUUGAUGGGGAGAUAUUUUAACGCUUUUUAACCCCAUUUUCCUGCGACAUUCCUGCAUCUCCCUCAGUACGGAGCCCAUUUCAGCACCGUGUCAGUAGACAGUUACAGUCCUACGAACGUUGUGAGUGCAGUGAACGCGCGUUCAGGAGGAGUUUCGGGAAACGCUCCAAAGAAUGAUCCCACAAGCGAAGAUCCAUCGUUAUCGGGAAACGAGGCCCAGACCAGUAAAAGUUAGAAUUGCUUGGGGGAGGGGGGGGAUUAUACUAGAGACAUCCGAGGUCUGUAUUUGGAGGAAAAUUGAAACAGUUCCCCUUGCCAGCUUUGUUCGUUUUUGUCUAUUGUAAAAUACCUUCUUAAUCUGCCUAAUGGGUACAUCUGGUGUUGAUUUGUAUUUGUAUACAUUUUUGACAUUGUUGGAAACAUUGUCUAAUGUGUUCCAUGUGUGCAGUUGAGUAUUUCUACUUCUGAGGAAUCUGGGGAGAACUGACCCGAGGUUUGUCUUUGAAAAUUAAGUCUCCUUCAGGGUGGUAGGUCUGUUGUUUGCCAAUAGCUGAGUAUAUUAGCUCAAGUGCUUACACUUUGCAUUAGCAUGCAAAGGUAUGUAGACCGCCAUCACUAUAACAAGACUGAAGUUCCCUAAGUGUAUUGAAGGGCCUGCCUUACAACGAGAAAUGUUCCAGAUCAGAUGUGCAAAGCCUGUCCAAACAACGUUAUCGCUUUUUUUUCUGAAUAGUUCUUUAGCUUAUUAUUGUAUCUAGGCCUAUCUGUAAAAAGUUGCUUGAGUAUUUCUAAGCCUGACUUUUCCCGUGCACAUUGUUGUGUAGUGACCCCUAGAGGGCUGCCAUGUAUAUAGCACCAUUGAUAAAAGUUUAAUUAAUUAAUUAAUCAAAUGGUUUGUAUAAGAAUCAAGUUUUAUGAUGGAUAAUUAAUAACUAAAACAUCAUUUGUAUUGUGAUUUUUUUUGCAUGGUCAAUAUGUACCUUAUUUAGAAGAUUAAUCUGAAACUGCUAUUUCUUCAAUAUUAAUUGUAUUAUAAAUAAAAUUCUGGUUAACAGAAAAAAAAAAAUCUCUAUCACGUUUACACUGCACUAGACUUUUACACCUUAAUCAUAUCACUAUGUCAUAUGUCAUGAUUAUAUACACAUGUAUACAGUUGUGUAUAGUAACGAAGUAGAAAUACUUCUUUACUGUACUUCAGUGGUUUUUUCGGGCCUAUACUUCAAUUGAAUAUUUACAUUUCUAGCAUCGUUCACUUUUAUUCAGCUACUUUUCCUCAAUAAAAUGAAUACCUUUACUUCGAUACAUUUGCCCUUUGCGUCUUCGUUACUCGCUACAAAAUAAAAGCUGAAGCAAUUAAAAAUGUCAUGAUGUUGGGAAGCGGGAACAGCAGAUUUGGCCAACCAAUGGUGGUCCUAGCUUGAUUGGUAACGAAGUGCUCUCAACCACCACCCAAUUUUGUUUAUGUUUCGAUUUGACCCAAUUUCAUAAGUAUUAAGUCCAAAAACCUGUCCAAUAGACUAGUAAUUAGGGGCAAGGGAGGGCCAUCAGACAGGUCAUCAAACCACGCGCCAGUUAUAAAGGAGAUUUAGUUCAUGAUGUAUUAGUCGAGCUGGCAGUGACUGUACAUAUUUCUCCCAUGAAGACUCAUUCACCAAUAAACAGGAAUAAAGAUUUAUUUUGAAUGAUAACAUAAGAGAGAAUAUUUUGCAUGAUAAAUCUUUGGCGUGAGCCCCAUCACGGACCAAGUGCGACGUGUGGACUCGACAGAUCAUGCCAGGAGUAGCAGGGGCGGAGCCUUCCCCUGGACCGGUAGACUGGGCCAGACCUGGUGGUGGUGGGGUGGAAGGAGCAUCGAAGAAAAACCUAAGCAGCAAAGAACAUAGGUUAGACUACUCUAUAUAAAGCAG